CAUAUUUUUUACCUGCAAACUCACAUCUCACUCUGUGUGUUUCUCUCAGUGGAUGUGACUCCGGAUCCUGAUACAGCUCAUCCCAAUCUCAUCCUGUCUGCGGAUGGAAAACAAGUGACACAUGGAGACACACGACAGAAUCUCCCUGAUACACCACAGAGGUUUAAUAAACAUGUUUCUGUUCUGGGAAAGCAGAGUUUCUCCUCAGGGAGAUUUUAUUAUGAGGUGCAGGUCAGAGGGAAAACUGAGUGGGAUCUCGGAGUCGCCACAGAGUCCAUUAACAGGAAAGGAGACAUUAUACCGAUUCCUCAGGGUGGGUUCUGGACUGUGGGGCUGAUUGAGAAUUGUUAUGUGGCAUUUGCUGAUCCCCCUGUCCGCCUCACACUGAGAGAGAAGGUGGAGAAGGUGGGGGUGUUUGUGGAUUAUGAGGAGGGUCUGGUCUCCUUUUAUGAUGUGAAGUCCAGCUGUCAUAUCUACUCUUUCACUGGUCAGUCUUUCACUGAGAAACUCUAUCCUUACUUCAGUCCUGAUUUAAAUUAUAGUGGUAAAAAUUCAGCACCACUGAUCAUCACUCCUGUAUUUAACACUGAAUGAAUUUUCACCUCACAGAUUUAAUCAUUUAUUAAAUGGUGAGAAUAAAUUUUUUUUUUUCUGGUAAAUUUUAGAAAUGCAAAUUUCCUUUUAAAGUGCUGUACAGUUUAUUUCAAUACCUGGGGUUUGUGUUUUGCAUAAACAAAUAAUUUUAAUCCUACAGUCUGUUUUUUACAUGUUAUGAUUGUGGAAUUUUGUAACUACAAAUCAAAUAUGAAUAAAGAUCAGUUACAGUUCACACUGAGUUUUACUGCAGAAUUUAAUAUGAUCAAAAAAAUGUAUGAAAUUCAGCUGCUGAUGUCUGUGUAGAUAAAACCGAACACCACUGUGCUUCUCCUUCAAACUUCAUCAAACACAAACACAAUCACAUUCAUCUUUUAUUUAGAAAUAAACAUGUCAGUGUUAUUGUGUUCUUAAGAAAGAAAUGAAUGAAUGAAUCAGCAUGAAUAUAACAUAACUAACAAGCUACUAUAACAUU